CUUACAGAUACAUCUGUAGAGAGUAAAGACAUGGUUACGUGAAACUGUUAAAUUCAAUUUUAAAUCACCUUCCUGGAUCAGAGCAGUGAACUGCAGCACACUCGGGAAUGAAUAUGGAAAGCAAAAGAGUAGCUGUCAUCAACAGUGCCUUCUCCUCCCAACAUACCUGAACCAGGGAGGCGCCUAACCUGCCAAUCCGGUCCCACUGAGGGCAGCCUGCGGGGAUAUCUGCCGAGUCACUGGAACAACUUGCAAUCGCCGUCCAGCCAGCAGUGGAGGGCUGGAUCCACGAGGAAGCAGCAGAUCCUGGAGGAGGGUUCCGGUCCCCACUCUACCCCAUCAACAGAAACGGAAAGCGCCCUCAUUCACCCGAGCGAAUGAGGCAGAAAACCUGGGCGAUGAAGUCGCUCCAGCGAGUUCCAGCCAGUGGGCCCAUCAAAUUUGGAAUGCUUAUGGCAGGUUUCAUUGCAGCAUGGUACUUUGGCCAGCUAAUAGCAGAUGCUAUAAUCGAUGGUUCCGUAUCCCGUGGCCUCACCGUGAUUCAGAAGAUAGGACAGAAAUCCCAAAGUGGAGUACCUUUCCCAAAGCAACAUAAAUGUGGUCACUGGACAGCGUGCCCUUCUGGAAGCUUCUCCUUCCUUGUGUUGAGUGGCAGUAAAAAAGAAAAACCUCCAAAAAUCUGCUUUGAAGGUGAAAUACUCUUGGGUCGUGAGAAGGAUAAUUAUGGCAGGGGCAUGAAUAUUGCCGUUGUGGAAGCCAAGACAGGAAAGCAUAUAAGUUCUGGUACUUUUGAUCUCUGGGGAGGAGAUAAUUCAGGGCCCAUGAUUGAAUUUCUCAAAAAAGCCCCGGAUGGUUCCCUUAUCUUCAUGGCAACAUUUGAUGACAGUUCUGUCAGGUUGACAGAAGAUGCCAAGAAAUACAUUGAGGGGCUGGGCAGCAAGGAGAUCCAGAAAUUGGCCUUCCGGGGAAACUGGGUCUUUGUUGCCACAAAGGGGUUCACACUGCCAAAGGACUAUGAGAGGGAGAAGGUUAUCAACAGUGUGAAAGGGAAUGGCGCCUGGGCAUCAGAAAUCCAGAUUCUUGGCUGCUUUUCACCAAAGAGAGACUACCUGUAGGAGACGUCCUUGGCCUCUCAACCUGCCCAGAGCCUGGUUCAGUUCCUGUGUCAGGUGGACUAUCUGCUCCAUUCACUUGAGCAGCUUGAAAACCGCCAAAGAAAACAGCAGUAGGUUAAACAAUAUGUCAACAAUCAGUCAUCCCUCAAAGGAACUGAAAUAAAGGAUGUACCAAGAACAUGAUUUUAACCUGUAUAAAAUAUAAAGACCCAUCCAAAAUCACCUUCCAUUCAGUUUGGGUGUCAUGCCACCAGAUCCCUGAUGGGGGAGUUAGACUUAAAGUUGCCACCAAAGUUUCUGAGUUGCUCAAAUCUGUGUCCCUGUCAGUUUUCCUCACAAGGAAACUGAUGGGUCCCACAACUGAAUUGGUGCUCAGCUUUCACCAGGAGCUGACCUUAUUGCUCACAGAUACAACAUUUCUAAAAUAAAUGGAAUAAUAUUUCUGCCUUAUGACACGCACAGUAGUGUGGCGGUUAGCGUAAUGCUAUUACAGUGCCAGCGACCCAGGUUCAAUUCUGGCCAUUGUCUGUAAGGAGUUUGUACAUUCUCCCCGUGUCUGCGUGGGUUUCCUCCGGGUGCUCCGGUUUCCUUCCACAUUCCAAAAAGACGUACAGGUUAGGAAGUUGUGGGCAUGCUAUGUUGGCACCGGAAGCAUGGCGACACUUGCGGGCUGCCCCCAUAACACUAUGCAAAGAGAUGCAUUUCACUGUGUGUUUAGAUGUACAUGUGACUAAUAAAGAUAUCUUACCUUAUCUUAAAUAAUAAAAAUAAUUCUCAUAUUUCUGUUUCCUGAUGACGCAAAACUAAGUGGGAUUGCGAGUAAGGUGAAAGGUGUAAAGAGGUUUCAAGGGGACGUGGACAUUCUAAUUCUGGCCACCUCGUUACAGGAUGGAUGUGUAAGCUUUAGAAAGGGUACAGAAGAGGUUUAUGAAGAUGCUGCCUGGAUUUGAGUGUAUGAGCUAUCAGGAGAGCUUGGACAAGACAAGAUAAGAUAAGAUAUCUUUAUUAGUCACGUGUACAUCGAAACAC